AUGAGGCGUGUUGUGAUCGUGGGAGCUGGGCCUUGCGGCCUGGUGGCAUUGAAGGAAAUGCUUGAACACGGUCACAAUGUCAUGAUUUGUGAACAAGAGGACAGACUAGGUGGUGUCUUCGCCAGCGCUGUGGCUUACCCGAAUCUUCACCUAACAAUCACAAACUGGGCAAUGGCAUUUUCUGACUUCCCUGAUCCUUUGAGGCUGCGGUAUUCAACCGCGGAAGAAUAUCUUCAAUAUUUGCAAGCCUACACAGACCACUUCAACCUUGAACCUCACAUUCAAUACCGUACAAAAGUCACAGCAGCAAAGUUGAGUUCCAAAGGCUCAUGGUCUCUGCAUGUACGGCGAACACUCGGUGAAGAGGUGUCCGAAGGCAACAUGGAGGCAGAUGCACUCAUCGUGGCGACAGGUGCGAGUCAGUAUCCGAAAGCGAUACCUCGUGAACUCGCCGGAUAUAAUGGUCGGAUAAUUCACUCCUCCCAGUACGAUGAAACAUUCAAACGGGAUGUCGCAGACAAGUCGCUUAGAGUACUGGUCAUUGGGGGAGGAGAAAGUGGUGCCGAUAUUGCAGCUGAACUCGGUGACUUAUCGCCCAAUGUGAGUGUCUGGCUGCGGAGACCACUCUGUGUUGGGCCACGGUACCUCAACAAACGUGAUGAGUUGGAACAGAUUCAGAUGAACAAAACAACAGACUUUCCUGCGAAUGGGUUCCUUGAGGCGGCAACGACAUCGAGAAUGAGUGCAGGGCAGAAUGUGUUAGCAUACGGCAUUUUCCGAAGAAUAUUAUGGCAAACUCCCGUGCUGAACAACACUUUGUCGCGCAUGUGCUUGGAUAGCACUAAAUCGGCCUUUCUUCGUAAUGAUCAAGCAACCUAUGUUACCAAGAACCAGCGGAUGUGUGAAGCAUUACACAAUGGCAAUAUUCAAAUUCAACUCAGUCGCAACAUUUCCUCAACAGGGAGAUAUUGUACCUUCCACAGGCAGGAUGGCACAACGGAGACCCAACAAUUUGACGCAAUAGUGCUCUGUACUGGAUAUCGAGUAGAAUUCCCAUGGAUUCAGUUCUCAGAAGGGAUCUGUUUGUCAUCCAAUCCACGGUCAUGGUUUCUGCAUUGCUUUCCGCCCAACUUAGGUCAUUGCCUCUUUUUCGUUGGCUAUACAAGACCUCAUCAAGGUGGCAUUCCGGUGAUGGCCGAAAUGCUGAGCCGCUAUAUAGCGUUGCUGAUGACUGGAGCUCGAAGGCUUCCUGUCGAUUAUACGGCUCAAGCACAUAUCGACGCCAAAGCCGAGCGGGAAUAUUACCACUUGAGCCCUGAUCUCGACACGUUGGUCGACUACAAUGCCUUCUUGGAAAGUGUGGCUCGUCGAAUUGGUUGCGAGCCUCGAUUGCCUUUGCUCGCAACAGCUCUUUUCAACAUCCACAUGGCAACAGUGAUUCUGCUUGUCGCGCAAAUCCUCAUAUUUGACACGACUUGGUCGAGUGUGCUAUCCAGUGUUCUCUUGUGGGUAUUGUCAGUUAUUGGAUUCUUCAUACUCGACAAUGGAGUAUUGCUCAAAUGGUGGUUUUAUCCACAUUGGGCUGUGUGGUACCGGCAACGAGGCCCUGGUGCCAACCCCAAAUUGCUAAAGCAAAUGCUGGCGCGUGUUAAUUUGUGGAAAUCAACAGCAAUUACUCGUGGCUUCGUUCUCCUCGUCCUUUGGUCAGUGCCGGCAUACUAUGUACAACGGCUCACGACCAUCAUGCUUCUCGUCACGAAAGCAAUGUUGGCAACAUUUGGUAUUCAAGUUGAGCGGUAUUGGGGAGCCCAAUUGCUUCCAAAGCUCUACUCUUUGCAUGAUUGUCCAGCGCAUUUCUCGGACAUUUUCUUGCCGUGA